AUGUGUCGCUGCCACGUACUCCGCCUCGGUCGUCGACAACGCAAUAAUCUCCUGGCGUUUCGAACUCCAAGAGACCGCGCCGCCGUCGAUGAGGAAAGCAUAGCCCGAAAUCGCCUUCCGAUCUUCGUGCAUCGACCCAUCUGCGUCCGUAUAGCCUACCAGAUCCAGCCCCUGCGCACCAUAGCUUCCCAAUGCGCUCUCCCGGGAUUGUCUGAAAAACGCGAAAGAAACGAGACGGCAUACGUGAUGUCCGGCCGCGUACCAAGUGACGCGUACAUCAACGAGCCCACAGCCUCGCGAUACGGGAUGUCGCGCAUGGCGGCAGCCUCAGCGGUCGUCUGCGGUGACUGCGCACUCGACAGCGUCGUGUUCGGGUCCAUAGGCGUGGGCGAGCGUGCGCGCGGUGCGAUCGCGUUCUACGGCGAAUCCGAGGAUCCAAUGGAUCUCACCCAAAUCCGAGAUUCCGAACGCCUUUCGGAGUUGCGCCUUCACCUCGUCGAUCAAGGCGCGCGACGACGUGACGAUAGUCAGGUCAUCGACGUGUACAACGAUCACGAUGAGGUCAGUCCCCUCUAUGCGAAAGAAGACGGCCUGGUCAACAUCGCACUGUACCAUGCGGAGGAAUUCCUGCAGCGCACGCAGGAGUUUCUUGUGCCAGUGACGAGCACUCUGGCGGAGGCCAUACAGAGGUCGGAGAAGUCGCAGCACCAUCCCAGGCUCUUUUGUGAGGUUUGUCCCAGGAGGCACUCUUCACAUCAAUCUGGUGGACCUCAAAAUCGUGACGAGCAGCGAACGUGCCUUCUCAAGACGCCACGUACCGUGUGCCUCAAGAGCACGCAGUUCCUCCACGAUCGCCUCUUCCCAGCGUGGCCACUCCGGCCUUUUCUUCGCCUCGCCUAUCGUCCUUGGCUCCAGUCCCUCAACAUCCGCCAUCUUCGCCGCCAUCGCAACGCCUCCUAUUGGCUCUUCAAGCUCCCCCUGAAGCGAAGCUUCAGCGCUGCGGGAUUUUUCAGCCUCAUCAGGCACUUGCAUACCGGUGGGCAGUUUCUUUGA